AUGAGUGUGGUGGUGAUUGGAGCAGGGAUCAUGGGACUGUCUACAGCCCUCUGCAUCCAUGAACACUACCACUCGACCCAUCAGCCACUGGACAUAAAGGUUUACGCAGACCGCUUUACCCCACUCACCACCACCGAUGUGGCUGCUGGCUUAUGGCAGCCCUACCUCUCGGACCACAACAACCCACAGGAGGCGGAUUGGAGCCAGCAGACCUUCGACUAUCUCCUGAGCCACGUUGAUUCUCCCAAUGCUCAGAAAAUGGGUUUGACCCUAAUCUCAGGCUACAACCUCUUCCACAAAGCCGUCCCGGACCCUUCCUGGAAAGAUACAGCUCUGGGAUUUCGGAAGCUGACCCCCAGAGAGCUGGACAUGUUUCCAGAUUACAGCUAUGGCUGGUUCAACACAAGCAUGAUUUUGGAGGGGAAGAGCUAUUUGCUGUGGCUGACUGAAAGGUUAACUGAAAGGGGAGUGAAAUUCUUCCAGCGGAAGGUGGAGUCUUUCGAGGAGGUCGCCCGAGGAGGCGCAGAUGUGAUUAUCAACUGCACUGGAGUGUGGGCGGGGGCACUGCAGCCCGAUCCCCUCCUUCAGCCAGGCCGGGGCCAGAUCAUUAAGGUCAAUGCACCUUGGAUGAAGCAUUUCAUUAUCACCCAUAACGUAGACAGUGGCAUCUACAAUUCUCCGUACAUCAUCCCAGGGAUACAGGAAGUGACUCUUGGAGGCAUCUUCCAGGUGGGGAACUGGAGUGAGACAAACAAUAUCCAGGACCAUAAAACCAUCUGGGAAGGCUGCUGCAAACUGAAGCCCACUCUGAAGGAAGCAAGAAUUAUUUCUGAAUGGACUGGCUUCCGGCCAGUACGCCCUCAGAUUCGCUUAGAAAGAGAACAGCUUUGCUUUGGAUCUUCAACCACAGAGGUCAUCCACAACUAUGGCCAUGGAGGCUAUGGGCUCACCAUCCACUGGGGCUGUGCCCAGGAGGUGGCCAAGCUCUUUGGGAAAGUCCUGGAAGAAAGAAAGCUAUCCAGGAGACCACCAUCCCACCUCUGAAGACUUCAGUGACCACCACCUCCACGCAAGGAUUCCAGGCUCUCCUCA